CGUAGUGGUUGUGUUCUAUGUUUCACGGAAAUGACAAGUUCAGCUUUACUCAGGCAGAUUUUUAUGAAAAGAAAGCAUUUAUUUCAAAGGUUGCUGAUCCAAUGAGGAGGCCUCGAUUGGCUGACCCUGUCAGUUGCCCCUGGGUGCCAUGGGAACAUCAUAUUUUGUUCCGUUUCUUCUUGUUGUAUUUCUCGCCUCUACUACACUUUUAUUUAUAGCUCUCUUACCAUUUUCUUCACCAUCUUACCCUUUCUCGCCCUCUUCCACCUCACCCUGGCCACCCCCCUCCUGUGGACCUGGUCAGUCCUGGGCUGUGAAGAUCCAAGAUGGGGACCACUCUGAAGACCUGAACUUGAUCGCUGAUAAGGUUGCUGAGCAGGCUGGUCUGGAAAAUCAGGGUCAGAUUGGGCAACUGCAGGGCCACUACCUGCUGUGUUCAUUCAAACCUGGUGGAUCUGCUGUUUGGAGGAAGAGAGUCGACCCGGGAGAGGUACUUUCAGCGCAUCCUCAUGUUUUGUGGUACUCCCAGGACAGAGUGCUCAUCCGCUCAAAAAGAUCUAUGGCCUUCAAUGACCCACGAUAUCCUCAACAAUGGCACCUGCAUAAUGAUUUGAACAGAGGCAUGGACAUAAACGUGACCGGACUGUGGGAGCGUAAUAUCACUGGACGAGGUGUCACUGUGGUGGUGGUCGAUGAUGGAGUGGAGCACACGCACCAAGACAUACAGCCUAAUUAUAGUCCUGAAGGCAGCUAUGACCUAAACUCAAAUGACCCAGACCCCAUGCCCCACCCAGAUGCCCAUAGUGACAACCAUCACGGGACGAGGUGCGCGGGUGAGAUUGCCGCAGUCCCAAACAACAGCUUCUGCGCUGUAGGAGUGGCUUACGGCAGCAAAGUGGCAGGUAUUCGAGUCCUGGAUGGUCCACUGACAGACAGUCUAGAGGCCAUAGCUUUCAACAAACACUAUCAAGUUAAUGACAUCUAUAGCUGCAGCUGGGGUCCAGAUGAUGAUGGCCACACUGUUGAUGGACCUCAUCCUCUUGGAAAGGCUUCACUGCAGCAUGGGGUGAUCGCAGGAAGACGUGGUUUUGGCAGCAUCUUUAUUGUUGCUAGUGGCAAUGGAGGCCAGUACAAUGACAACUGCAACUAUGAUGGUUAUGCUAACUCCAUUUACACCAUAACAAUAGGAGCAGUAGACGAAAAGGGGAGGAUGCCUUUCUAUGCAGAGGAGUGUGCGUCGAUGCUGGCUGUGACUUUUAGCAGCGGAGGAAACAGGCUAAGAAGUAUUGUGACAUCAGACUGGUCGAUGCUGCGUGGGACCGGUUGCACGGAGGGUCACACGGGGACCUCCGCUGCUGCCCCUCUUGCCGCUGGGAUGGUAGCUCUGAUGCUCCAAGUCAGACCCUGUCUCACCUGGAGAGAUGUACAGCACAUUAUCGCCUUCACUGCCACCAAGUGUGACAGUAGUGCAGACUGGAAGGUGAACGGAGCUGGUUUCCAUCACAGCCAUCAGCAUGGAUUUGGUCUCCUGAAUGCCUGGAGAUUAGUCAACGCUGCCAAGGUUUGGGAGUCUGUGCCUUUCCUCGUUUCCUAUCAAAGCCCAUUGAUAAAAGAAGAAGUGCCUAUUCUGACUUAUCCAGGCGAGCUGAUUCGAACCUGGAAUGUUACGGCAGCCGACCUGAAUGAUUCAGGAAUGCAGACUCUGGAGCAUGUGGCUGUUACUGUGACGAUCACCCAUCCCUGCCGUGGCAACGUGGAGAUCAUCCUGGUGUGUCCCAGUGGCAUGACAUCAGUGAUCGGAGCCAGGCGAGCCAUUGACAAGGACACAGGAGGCUACCAGGACUGGACCUUCUCAACUGUCCGUUGCUGGGGAGAAAGGGCUGAAGGACAAUACAAGCUGAAGAUCUCUGACCACAAAGAGCCUCAGCUACAGAAAUGUGCAGAUGUGGGAGUCCUGAAGCAAUCCAAGCUCUCUCUAUAUGGCUCCUCUAUGUCAUACAUAGAAGUCAAAGAUAGGCAGAGAUUGGUGAAGGAUGCAAUGAGCGGCAAAUAUCUGGAUGACAGUUUCUCUCUGCCCUGUCCUCCGGGCCUGGACGUACCACCGGAGAUCGUCAGCCCCUUCUCCUCUAACAGCUUAAGGUUUCUGUUGCUCCUCGGCUGCUUCGCCCUUUUCUGGUCAGUCUACUGCACUCUGGAGGUGACCAUGGCCCACGUGGACUUUAGGGCGAUGCUGUGUUUGGGGCGGAGGAGGGGUGGAGCAAGGGGUCGGAGGUCACGACGUGAGCGGGACGGCCCCCAAGUGCUGGUUAUAACGGGAAAGGAACUAGAGACUGGAGAGGAACUACAAACUGUACUGGAGUCAAAUACGCCACUUUUGAAUGGGGAGCGGGUGGAGACAUAGCACUAAUUGGGUGAAUAAAUGCUAUAUAUGAGUACGUUUACAUGUCAAAUUAAGUCAGGGUUGAUCUAAUUCCAUUUUUUAGAAGUUGAUCAACAUUUUUAAUCUAUUUACAAGCCUUGGCCAGUUGCAAACAUGCAAAGUGUAUUGUAAACCAGAUAUCCCUAUUGGUUGACUGGUUAUUUCCAAUUCAUCAGAAUGAAUGGUAUCAGAAUGAAAAAAACAAACAAACAUGUAAUAUGAAAAGAGAAUAAUUGAAAUGUGGGUAACUAUUCAUGUAAAUCUAAAACUAAAAGGCUAAAUUCCACUAAAGAAGGGAAUCAAUUUUUUGACCAAAGUGCAGUCAUACCUGGUUUAGUUUAUUUGUAGAUACUGAACAUUUUAUUACAGAUUUUUCUUUUUUCAUUGUUGAUUCAAGGACAACAGUAGUCAUAGUUACGCAUUUUGAGGUACGUUCAGUUGAAAUUACUCAUACUGAAUCAUUGACAUAUUCUGUACUGUAAAACUUUCUUUGCGAUACGUAAUCUGUAAUCAAAAUGGUGAUGGCAUCAAUCAUGUUGAGACAAGCCCAAACGCUUUUCAAAAAGUUGCUGUCUUGUCUUGGGGUUGGUCUUUCAGACAUUUUAUAGGUGACGUAUUACUUGUCAAUCAUAUCAACACAAUCAACAUACUGUGAGAGUCAACAAGCAUCAUGAGGAUAGCCUCAUUAGUAUACAGUUAAAUCAACAGAUUAAAAGUUCAGCUUCAUGAGGGCCCACUACCUACUUUUCUCCAUGGCGAUGUUAUUGCUUUGUCUGGAAUGUUCCACAAUAUCUACAAUAUGGCAUAACUCUUAUCCAUUCAAUUAUAUGAAAUGGAAAAACAAAUUAAUACUGUGAACAGACUCACCUCUGCCCACCUGAUUGUGUCAUUGUAAACCAAUUUAAUGCCGCUGUGGAACAUUCUAGUCAAGGCAAUGAAAUAUUGCUAGAGGAUCUGCCUCUUAUUUCGCUCAGCAAAGUUACAUACAGUAGUGCAGCUGUAAGUAUUGCGCUUUCAUUAGAGGAUUCAGCUUCAUAUCACACAUUUCUAUAGCCUUGUAACAUCCAAUCUAUUACUGGGAACUGUGAAGUUUUUGCUUGGUAUUUGGCUUAUUUGGUUUGUACUGUUGUGGAUAGUUGCACUUUUCUUUACACCAUGUAACUGAAUGUGAUGUAGUCAUAUUAUUUUAACUGGAUUAUGACUUUACCUUGGAUUUUACAAGUCAGGCCAGUAGAUCGAACUCUUGUAAACAUACUGACUUCCUGUGCUUCUCAGGAUGUAGUCAAAACAAACUGCUGGACUUUUCUAUAAGUGGCCUUUUGGGACAAUCUUCUGCUUCCCCUCUGAGCCCUGUUUUAUUCACAUGAAAUUUUCACACACGCAAAUCUAAAAACUGUUUGGUAUUAGCAGCAGAUAUAUGAAUAUGUGUUUUUAAAGUGUUACUCACAAUCCAAUAGGCAAACUAAUAAUGAAUAGAAAUUAAUUUUAUUUAUAUAACUCUUUUCUAGACACUGAAAGUCGCCAUACAAAGGUUACACAAGAAUAACAGGAUGACCACCUCGUACGUUGGUUGCUUUCAUUUAUAGCAGUAAGAAGAACAUUUACAUAAUGCAGCUUUAAAAUAAUUGGAAACGUACAAAUAAAAAGUCCAGAUAUGUUUAGUAAUGCUGUUUUUUAUUAUGCCAUUAUACAUGAUCCAAAGUCUAGUUCCUCUACUGGCAGUUUUAUUGAACAAAAACAGUGUGAAUGAAGAGUGGUGCAACUAAAAAGUGCAAUAUGCUGUGUACAUUUAAAAUUAGUCUUCCUUAAAGUGUCCUAAAUUUGACAGUAGAUUGGUACUAGUUUUAAGGUAUCUUUUCUCUUGGAUGUGGCUGGGCUUUUUGGGAGCUUUUUUCUGCAGGUAUUUGAAAAACUACUGAACAAAAACUUGAAGUGGGCUUUUCCUAGUUUGUGUAUUUAUACAGUGUAAAGUGUAAUAUAUAGAGAGUACAUAUACAGAGUAUGUUUGAACAUUUGUAUCAAGUGUUUUUAAAGAGUCUAAUUUUGUAUUGUUAAGUGUUUGAAAUGAAGAUGGCUGCUGUGUUUUGCUGUGCAAGUCACAGGUGUAUGGGAAUAAAAACAUGGAUGGUU